AUGACCAUUGACAGACAAGUAGUUGCUCCUACACCUGAAGAUGUAAUAGAGACUGAUGAAGCCAAAAAGAACCAGAGUGGAAAGCAAGUUUCCCAACCAGAGAUGACCAUUGACAGACAAGUAGUUGCUCCUACACCUGAAGAUGUAAUAGAGACUGAUGAAGCCAAAAAGAACCAGAGUGGAAAGCAAGUUUCCCAACCAGAGAUGACCAUUGACAGACAAGUAGUUGCUCCUACACCUGAAGAUGUAAUAGAGACUGAUGAAGCCAAAAAGAACCAGAGGAAGCUAAAUGUAAAGAAGAAAGCUUUCCUAACAGAGCAAGUCAGUGCAUUGGUAUUGAGCGAGACUCCUCAGAAGUUAGGAGAUCCCGGCUCUCCGAACAUUUCCAUUAUUAUCGGUGAGUCAGGCAUUGAGAGAGCUUUACUUGAUUUGGGGAGUAGUGUGAACUUGCUACCGUUCUCAGUGAAUGAGGAGUUGGGAUUAGGUGAGCUAAAAAAGACCUCUAUCAUGCUACAGUUGGUUGACAGAUCAGUUAAAGUGCCAAGGGGUAUUGUUGAGGAUGUGUUGGUCCAGGCUACCUCCACUAUUUACCAAGCUCUUGUCAUUCUUGGAAGCCCAUUUCUAGCUAUGUCAAAUGCUUUGAUUAAUUGCAGAAGUGGAGUUUUGACACUUACUUCUGGGAAACAUGGCACUUGA